CAACCGCGGGUAAACCGGCCUCGGCCUCCAGCUGCCCGGUCUGCCAGCCAGCCAGCACUGAGGAGGGACCUGGCGAUGACCACAGACCCUUUCAGGAGUCUCCCGGGGCCUAAGCAGUUGGGGUCUCAUUUCCCCCCGGGUCUGGUGUUUGGGGUGGUCGCUGAUUGUGACCAUCGCUGUCCAUCUACAACUCCUCACCUCCGUCCCACGUUCACGACGGGAAACAUUUUUGAAAGUUUAAUGUGACCUCACUAAGGCUCUCAUGCAUGAAGCAUAGUGCCUCAUUAGUCCAAGGACCUUGUCGACCAGAAGUCGUUUCUUACCAGCAGUCCAUCACAUCCCUUUGACCUGGUUUUCUUUCUCACAAAGUGGAAACAUCUCUUUCAAGUUCUUUUUGUUAUAAAUUUAAGCAAAUGGCUGACCAUGGCUUGGAUGAAAUACCUUCACAGUGCCCCCACUGUGCAUCUUCUCAGGCUGAUCUCCUUUGUGUGUGUUCAACAGUCAACUCUCCAGUUUUGGUGGUAGAAAUGUCACAGACAUCGAGUAUUGGUAGUACAGACAAUUUUACAACACAAGAGAGAAAAAAAGAAAGAAAUAGCAGCAGAGAGCCUUCUGUGAAAGAUUUGACCACAAGAACUUCAAACCUGGAGAGGAAAAGCUCUCAGCCACAGUGGAGUCGGAGCAAUGUCACAGAAGGGAAAGUGCUGCACAUAAGAAUGGACAAUGGAGCCGAUAUCGAGGAAUUCUAUACCUUCGGAAGAAUAUUGGGACAGGGGAGCUUUGGAAUGGUCAGUGAAGUUACGGACAAGGAAACAGGAGCUAAGUGGGCAAUUAAGAAAGUGAAUAAAGAAAAGGCUGGAAGCUCCGCUGUGAAGUUACUUGAGCGGGAGGUGAACAUCCUAAAGAGUGUCAACCAUAAACACAUCAUCCAUCUGGAACAAGUGUUUGAGACGCCUAAGAAAAUGUACCUUGUGAUGGAACUUUGUGAGGAUGGAGAACUCAAAGAAGUCCUGGAUAAAAAAGGGUACUUCUCAGAGAAUGAGACCAGGUUGAUAAUUCAACAUCUUGCAUCAGCCAUCGCAUAUCUUCAUGACAACGAUAUAGUGCACAGAGAUCUAAAGCUGGAAAACAUAAUGGUUAAAAGCAGCUUCAUGGAUGAUAACAAUGAGAUGAACUUAAACAUAAAGGUGACUGACUUCGGCUUGGCGGUUAGGAAGCAUGGCUCCAGGAGUGAAAGCAUGAUGCAGACCACAUGUGGCACUCCUAUCUAUAUGGCCCCAGAGGUUAUCAAUGCCCAUGAGUACAGCCAGCAGUGUGACAUUUGGAGCAUAGGUGUCAUAAUGUACCUUUUACUGUGUGGAGAGCCACCCUUUUUGGCAAGCUCGGAAGAAAAGCUCUUUGAAUUAAUAAAAAAGGGAGACCUACGAUUUGAACAUCCAAUCUGGGAUUCCAUAAGUGAUUCUGCAAAAAAUGUUUUGAAACAACUUAUGAAAGUAGAUCCUGCUCACAGAAUCACAGCUAAGGAACUUCUAGAUAACCAAUGGUUGACAGGCAAUACAUUUUCUUCAGUGAGACCAACCAAUGUAUUAGAAAUGAUGAAAGAAUGGAAAAAUAACCCAGAAAGUGAUGAGGACACCAAGACAGAAGAGAAGACUAAGCAUCCUGUGACAGGAAAGUUGAAAAGUAGCCACACGAGGGAAAAGGUCCUUGAUGUCAAUGACAGUCCGUCUGCAAAGACAACAAAACAGCCCACCACUGCUGCCAAGAAGUCAGAUGUAGAUGGCGUUGACAUGAGCAGUUCAUAUUCAACAUCCAGCAAAUUCCUUUCUGCUGAACCCGAGAAAAGCUCCGGGACUACGAACCAGGCUAAGAGCUCCAUAAAACCCUCUUCCUUGACUCGAGGCAAGAAAAAGCUCUAAGGUUCUGUCCAGUGCUGUGCAGUGCAAGAACAGACCACUCCUCCAGCAUUUGAAGGGAGGGGACAGGAGGGGGACAGCAUGGCACCGAGCUUUUAGCCUUUGGCUCUGCUGAGCCCUGCAUGGGUUACACCAAUUUAAAAUUGAAGCUAGAUACCAAAGCAGCAUAACUUGCAUGGGGCACUAAAGGACAGUGUGGGCAUGCUUGGGGCAGACUACAGCUCUCGCCAGCUUCAGGUGUUCCAGGGUUAAGGGACAAGUGCUCUCAGUGCAAGCCUGGGGCCAUACUUGCUCAGUUCUACUCAAAUUCUUAUAUUUAGGCACAAUUAUUUAUAAGGGAAAACAAGAGGCCAAAUCCAGUGAUGGAGGUUGUAAAUGAUUGUGUGCACUUAGCCCUAGGAGACUUCGUUAGAUGAUUACUAAUAAAACGGCCACAGGCAUUGUGGCAGAAGCGA